GAGCAGCCACAGCUCCUGAUACACUUUGGACCAUGGCUCCUACAAGCGUAUCUAUGGAUAACCUUUCCCCAAAGGAAAAAAACAAACUGAGAAAACCCAUUGUGGAGAAGAUGCGUAGAGACCGGAUCAACAGCAGCAUCGAACAGCUGAAGAGUCUCCUGGAAAAGGAGUUCCAUAAACAGCAACCCAAUGUCAAGCUAGAGAAAGCUGAUAUACUGGAGAUGGCAGUCAGCUACUUGCAACAACAAAAAACUCAACCCCAAACAAUCAGUGUGGAACGCUUACAGCAGGAUUACAACCAAGGAUAUUCCUGGUGUGUUACAGAAGCAUUGCAGUUCUUGUGCCAUUAUCCGGAAAGUGGAGAGGCGCAGAAGAAGUUGCUGAACCACUUGACCGUGCCUCAGAAGGUUCCUGCCAUACCUUAUCUUGCAAGUUCCAGCGAUUCAAAGCAAGCCACAGUAGCAAGCAGCCUGGCCAAGAUAUGGAGGCCUUGGUGAUGUUGUCUGCCAAGUUAGAGGACUGUACAACCAAAGAGGGACAGAUAUGGCUUGAAAUAAGUCACGUGGACCUCUGUCGGUAUGGAACCGUGUUCAUUUUUCAUGAGUAUGCUUGGAUACAGCAACAAAGACUCAACAGCAGCAAAGACUGAAAAGCAUCAGGUUAUUCUUUGGGAUUACAGUUUAACAUCUCUCCUUCAAGAGAGAAAUAUCUCUGUAACUUAAAAAGGACUCAGAGAUGUGAACCUUUGCAAGGUCUUUCUAAUGUGUAUCAUUUGUGAUAAUGCGUAUCAUUUGAUGUCUC